ACUCUAUUUUACAAUAUACACAAGUGAUUUUUCAUGUCUACCGCCCUACAACUUCUACAAUGCAUGCAGUAAUGAAGAAGGUCCUUAAGUCCUAAAUCACUGUUAGGCUGAAAUUCUGAAAUCAAGCCCACAUAGAAUAGCUCAUAGCUGCAUUCCUAUUUAUCGAAAGCCCCAGUUAUCCUGUAUUUCAUCCAAGCAAGCAUAUAUCAUUUUGUUCAGUGACACUUUUUGUGAAAAGGAGCUAAUCAGGUCUUUAUUUUAGAGGAAAGUCUGCACAGAGCAGGAUGGAAGCUGUGGGCUGUUUUUCGUAUGGGGACCCAAAAAAGCGCCCUUCCAGAGGAGGACAAUUCCCUGAUACUUUUCUCUUGAUAAAAUGAAAAUGGCACUGGUUUCUCAGAGUUCACAGAUGCCUGAGUUUCUUCAUGAAGGCAAGGCCAUUUCUACAUAACCACAUAAGGAACUACUCCUGCAACAUUUCUGCUGCAGAAAAGGUAAUUCAUUGCUAAAUCCCAGUGCUAGAAGAGGUUUAGUAUCCUUCCACAAAGAAAAAGGGGAAUUAGGCAUGUGCUGACCAGAGACCUUACUGAAUAGAUGCACCUCCUCACAGAAAACGUGAAAUGGAAACCUGUUGACUUACUGACAGAUUCUCUUCUCCAUUAAAUUUGAGGUACACGUGGACAGUGUUAGCCCCCUAAAAUUAUACUGAAUAAACUGUUUGAGCAGGGAAGAAAACACAGGUAAUUAAAUGCAUUUUGUAAACAGUUAAAGAGGGAAAAUAGGUCAAAUUUAUUCCAAGCAGUCUUGAGAGCGCCCUUUUUAAAGCAUUUAUGUUGUGAAGAGAUCUGCUUUAUGUGAGCCUCUGAACGCCAAGAAUACGGGAAAACAUAAUUACAAAGCAGAGUAGAAGGAAGCUUUGUUAGUACUGAUGAGGCUUCUAGUCUCCCAGCCUUCCUCUUAUAUGCAGAGAUGAAAGAAACAAUUGAGGCAGCCAAAAAGAUUUUAAGUCAGGAGCAAUCACAGUAUGCAAACUGUUCAGUGCUGUCCUACGAUUUAAGAACAGAUACAUUACUGCAUGUUCCUGUACAGCCUGUAAGUGCUCUGCCUGCUUUAUCUAAUAAUGCCACAUACACCUCAUCCCCCAAAUUUUAGUCAUAACAGAAAGUUCCAAGCAAAGAAAUGGAGAUGUGAUCUCUCCGUUCUCCAUCCUGCUUUCUCUCCCACUUUAUCUACAUCAUGUACUGAACACAGUCACUUGUACUUCUGUAUCCCCAGACAGUGGAUUCCAUAGCCUUGCUCAGGAACAGAAUUAUGCCUGAACUACAUUACUAGGUGCGAAGAUCCUAGCCCACUCAUUCCUUCUAACCACCAGUUACUUCUUUUGCUUACAAGCAAAGCUAAAUUCUUAGGCAUUGUCCAGUCAGCCCAUAAGACCCAUCUUUCUAGUUGCCUUGCCACUCUUUCUCCGUGAAAUAAAUCAUAGCUACCUUUCUACUUUUCUCCUUUCCAAAACCCCAUCCCAUUUUCACUAGUGCUGCUUCUUCAAUAAGUUUGUUCAUUUGGGGCUGUUACAGAUGUACAGGUGUUACAGAUUUAUAGGGCAUACCUCCAAAAGUCUUCUGAGUUCCCCCUGCAUCUUGGUUCCACAUGCAGUAUUCAGAUCUCAUUCCUAUUGUUUGGGAAAGGUUGUUUAACAUAGCAUGGUUCUUGCUACAAAAAGCAAUGUUGUGACUCAGAGCAUAAUGGUUAAUUCAGCUACAGAUAAAGCCUAAAAGUGAUUUGCUACCAUCAGCCCUGGCAGUUAGGAUAUUAAGAUAAAGAACAGCAUAUCCCAAUUGCAGCUUGUGAUCACUUCGUGAGCAGCCUGAUGGCUAAUACACGCGUCAGCUCUGCUGGCUUCUUUCCCACAAAUCUAGGAAAACUCUGUUGACUUGACUCGUGUGACAGGUUGAGUGCUUGGGGAAAGGGAGGCUGAGCCUACAGUUUGGGAAUUAGGAUUGUGUUCUUGCAAGAUCCACAGGAGAAACAAAAGCCUGGCUGUAGCCAGCUCUGUAGCCUACUUUUAUACACCACACACCAGUGCAGUUUUUGUAGAUAAUAAAUCAGGCCAACCAGAUGCAUUCUAGUCAAGAAUUUUAAUGGAAACUGAUGCUACAUUAAAACAGCAAUAUUUCCUUUGCAGAUGAUAACCUCACAAUAUUUUUAUUAUUAAGUUUGUGAUAUGCAUGCUAUCUUAAUCUCAGUAAUCUUUCCACAGAUAGUUACUACACACUUCAGUUCUGAAUUUACUGGUUGACGAACUAUUUUCCUUUAUUCAACAUUAAGCACACUGUAGAACCUACUGUAAUCGUACUAUAAAAGCAAUAAUUAUAAGAGGAGGCAAAAAGCUGAGAUAUUUAGAGCCUGAUUCAUACAGACCAGAGGGAGACAUUCAGAUUGACUUCAGCUGAGACUGGAUUAAGCUCUUACCCAUUAUGAAAUAACUCCUUCUUGCUGUUCAAAGCAUCCAAAUAUUCUGAAAGCUUUCAAAGUGAAAUAAGCUCUCCAUAUACCUUAAAAGGGAAAUGGAAAAUUUCCCAUUCUGCCCUUCCAAAAAAUUCAUAUUAAUGGUGGAGCUUGGAGACCUCUUCAGGGAACCUCAGAGCAAUUACUAUUUGUGCCCAUUCAGACCUUUGUUUCUACAUGAAACCUCCAGCAUGAGUUCAUGUUCUCACCAAUCACACUUCAUGAUAUAAACAGCUAUGGAAUUGGAAAGAAACUAAAAAUGCCAACUUGUUCUAUAAAGCUGACAGCUGCUUAUCUUCCUUUUCUGCAGGAAAUUUACUGGAUCCUUUUCUCAUUUCCCAAGCCAUACAUUUCUUUGUUAUCUACCCAGUCUUACUGUAUUGAUGGCAAGACUCCUUGAUGUAUUUCACCUGUAUGGCCUUUCACAUAGAUCCAAAUCUGUCUUGAUCCCAGCGUUAACACCAAACCAUGAACAUUAUACCACCUGAGUUAAAAAUAACUUACAUGUGCAAUAAAUUCUGUAUACUCAGCUGCCCAUCCUAUAAGGAUGUACAGACCUCUUUCAGAAGGAAGGCUAUGUACAAAAAAUAAGAAACUAAAUUGUACAGUUACAUAUAUCUUUCAGGAGACAAGAAUAAUUUCAGGAUUCAAAGCAGCUGAAAACCAGUCACUUAACAAUUAAACAUACUGAAAACAAAUCAAAUUCAUUUUUCUUUGGAAAAUGGCAUAAUCUUUCUCAGUACCAUAUGGAAAAACAGCAGAAUCCUAGAACACAACUGGUGUUGAUAGUGGCACAGUACUGGCUAAUCAUUUUAUGAAGGUCACCCUGAUUCAUGCAGCCAGGCAGCAUUGUAGCACAGUCUUUCACUUUUCUUUGUACUAGAUCCUACCAAAUGCAAAUACCAGCUACUAAGCUGGUUCCGAAGCAGCGUCAUGAAAUUGAGACCAGAGGCUUUAACUCGUUGCUUGAAAACUGAUUGUUUAGAGCAGCUUACAGAGAUUUAAAAUUCUGGUUUUCAUUGCACAGCAAUACUGUGUUGCCUCUAGAUCUGUCCUCUGUAAGGCAUGUCUGAGUCUUAGAAAACUACACCAUUUUUAAGUUAAGAGUACACAAUAAUGCAGUAUUUUUUCCAAGCCUCAGCAGUACAAGCAUUGCAUUAGCUAAAAACUAAGUAUACCAUAUGCAUGCCAACACAUAUUUUCACAGUAAUAUUUAGUACUUAUCAGUGAUUAAUCAUGAAUGUUCUUAGAAAACUAUUAAACAAUAUCAUUCUGAUUUACUUAUUUUAUGGCUGGCCAAAAUGGAAUCAGAAUGAGAGAAUCUUCCUAGACCAUUGGAAAGAGCCGUUUGAGAGGUGAUAAGAAAAACAUGAAUUCUCAUUCUCAGACUAUUACUCUUUUCAAAUUUAUGUUCUAUAAGCAAGUAACAAAAUUCUCACGAGUUAAGCCAAAAUAUAACAGUCCACAUGGGAAAAAAAAAUUUUACAGCAGAUUUUUUCCAAUUCCUUACCUGUACCUCCCUCCAGCAGUUUAUUCACCAACUGUGAAGUUUGUCUAUUACUCAUACUCCAACAGGCUCAGAGGCACCUAAAAAAAAAAAAGGGAUAGAAGGUGUUUCCAUAGCAAGCACUGCAGAAAACAGUUUAUUAGUUGAGUGUCUAGAUACGGCCAAAGAGUCUAGUUUAUUCUAUGUUAGAAAAGUAGCCAUUAUUUGACCAGAAAUAUCAACUAUCACUAAAUUAGCAAUAGUAGAAAACAUCAGCUGAAUUAGCAUGGGAAAGAGAAGAAAGAAUGUAUUAGCAUCUUCGCUAAGCAUUGUGUAUUUGUAAUUGGGAAGUAAGAGUUUGUUUGCUUGUUUUUGCUAAGCUUACAAACAUCAUUCUUCUCCUUUUAACAUUGUGUUUUAAUUCAGUCUAAUUAUAUAAUCAUAGCUUUUAAAAUAACAAUAUUGAAUAUAAUAUCUUUGCACUCUUGGAUCCACUUCUGUAGAUUUUUGCAACACUGCACCAUGAAUAAUAUUGUAGAAGCCAAGCCUUUUAGUUGUUUACAUGAUAGCUACACAGUUACCUGGUUUUAUACAAUGUUCCAAACAGUGCAAUAACAACAGUUAGUCAAUAUAUAAUAUGCAAACCACUUAAAUUCAAUUAAAUUUGUUUCAUCCAUAUCUAAAGAAUAUUGUGCAGCUCUUGGACACACAAAUUGGACAUUAGUGGCCAAGAAUUGUAUUCAUACAGUCUAUCCCUUGAUGCAGUAAAGUUCCUGGAUAUCUCAGCCAGGGUAUCAGGACUCUGUUCGGUCAGAAGAUUCUUAUAAUACUUUUUGGAAACUGGGAUAAUCAAGAGACUGUGCCCAUCAGAGGAAGUUGCAGCCUAAGUAUUUGAUACAAGACAGAAGACUGGAUGCAGCAGAGGGUUAGGUAAGACUACAGAUAGCAACAAGAUCAUCAGCAUUAAAAACAAAGCUGUAUUCCUGUCAUAGAAGGGGUAUAGAAAGUUGGUCUUUGAGCCCCCUUGGUACUGAGACUGCUGACCAUCUGCAUAGCUGUCCAGCCAGCCGAAUGGCCUGAGGAAUCAGGGUGGGUGCCAUAAGUGCCCUGUCUACAGCAGCAUUCACAUCUCUGUGAAAAAGAUUCAGUUCCCUGAGACAGUGUCCGGUUGAUUUAUCAAUGACACCUUGACACCUGGCCUCUUAGUGUGGGCUGUUCUGCAGUCGUAGCGCUUUGCUAGUUGCCCUCAAGUCAAAUCGGGGGGCUGCCUUCUGCUAAGGAGGUAAACGAUUUCCUAAAACAAAACUUUAAUGGUCUCAUCCCUUGAGACACAAGCAUCUCCCGCUGGUCAGCUCCUCGUGCAGGCAGUACUCAGACAGUCACCAGCCCACAAGCUGCUUCUUGAAGCUGCUUUAGAAGGCCGGAUCUUGCCGCUCCCUGGGGCUUCAUGCUGUGGGGCAAGGAUCGCACUGGCCUCACACCCAAGACUCCCUCCCAGCUUUUCCGAGUUUCCAGGGCCACUUGUUACUUUCUCACGUCUCUGAGUAAUUCUUUUCUUCCCAGGGCUUCGUAGGAUCUGCAAAUAUGCUUUAUGGUGUGGGAUUUUUUUGUUUGGUUUCACUUUUUGCCUCUUGGGCUUCUCCCAACCUAUUCCAAAUCCCCAUGGGCCACACGCUUUCUGAGUCUGCUUCUCUAGCUGCUUUGUGGGAGAACCAGAGCUCCUUCAAGCUUUAGCUCUCAGUACUGCUCCUUGCACAAUGCCAGGCUAAGCACCUUGCCAGGCUCCUUUCAGCAGCACCCAGCAGAAGGCCUCUGCCUUGUACCAGCCUUUGACCGUGCCUUGCUCUGUUCACACCCUCGUUCUCGGGCAAAUGAAGCUGAGAGACAUCAUUGCAUCCAAGGCCCUGGAGUAAAAAAUCUAAAUUAAUUGAUGCGUGCAGAUUUAUUCUGUUAAUAUCAUGAGAUGCUAUAAAUCCCUACCUGCCAUUGUAGAAAAACUGCCUGAUGCGUUAUUGUAUAAUUGGAUUCCAUGAUUUAUUUCAUGCUGUACGAAACAAAAAGCAUAGGUUGGCUUCAGUUCUGACUAAUGUUCUCAUAAUCCUAGAAAAAAUUGUUUGGCUGCAAUGAAAUGACUCUGGAGUUGCAUAGAGUUAUAAAAUCAGCUGAGGAAUCUGCUGUAAGCAUUACAUGUGGAAAGGAAGGCAGAGGAAAGUGCUGCAUUCAGCACGCAGAGCCUUUGCCUGUCUUUCGUAUAUCUACUAUAACUUUUUCAUACUGCUUGGUUUCUUUCUGUCUUUUUUUUUUUAAUAGAAUUUACUAGUAAAAAUUACUACACCUUAAAAUCUCACUGGGACUCAGGAUAAAUUGCUUGCCAAUACUGUGACUAGUAGUAUUUUAUGUCUUGUUGCUGAAAAAAAGAAAGUUUCUUCUGUUACAUCAAAAUCUCAGGCUCACUAGCAGAAUUUGACUGGAAGAGAAGUAUUGAAAAGUCUUGAACAAUAAAUUUAUCACCAUUCUUUUGUCUGAAAUAAGAAACACAUGAUUUUUCUUGUAUCCAUCUGACAGAAGAGGAAUAUGAAAAUCAAGCAAUUUUUUUUUUAAUUAAAUCAAGGAUUUGAACUGGCUUGCACUUGGUUGUUGCACCAGUGGAACAUUAGGGACAUUGUGUUAUUGGCACAUUUACCUGUCCCUUCAAACACUCAGCCACACUCCUGACCCUGUAGACAAAAGAAAUCCUGUGAUAUUCCACAGGAAAGAUGAAGGCUUGUUAGUAUUGAUAUCCUAUGGUCCAUUCAUUUAACAUAUUAUAGGGAGUCUUCUAAAAAUACUGCUAGAUCUCCAUAUGAAUACAAAAUUUUUAAAACUUAUUUGCUGGAAUAAACUAGUUGAAUACGUGCUAUUGAGCACCUGACAGUUCAUUUUUAGUAGAUUUUUCAUCCAUCAUCUGUCAGUGCAUUGCCCAAACUGAACCAGGUUUUCAAAGCUGUGUGUCUGGUAGCAGCCUCGGGGCCUGUACGCUGCUGCUUCAGUUUUCAUUACCCAGCAAAUAUGCUGGAAACAAUUUUAUCCAGAAAGACCAAUGCUAUUUUCAGUCCUUGAAGACACUAUAUUAAAAGACAGCUCUCUGUUUGCAUUUCUAGUUUACUCUUAACCUAUUUUAGCAAUCAAUUCUGAGACAAUACCCUCAGUGAAGCUGGAGUUAGGGCCAAGGAUAGAUAGCAGCAAUAUAAGAUCGACCAAUUACAAGACUGUUCUACUUAUCUUUGCAGCAAGCAUGACUAAUUCAAGAUGAUUUUUUUCUUCAUAAAGGAAAAAAAUUUAGGGCUAUACUGAUUGAUUUUUAAUCAGUAAGCAAUUAUAACAAAAUUGUACUUCUGGUAAUCAAAUUCUACUAAUUCCUGAAGGAAUUAAAUAAAGGGAAAGGAAUUUCAGAACAAGAAAGAGCAACCCCAAAUCAAUUUGAUCUUUCAAAUCCUUAAAAAAUGAAUCUCAAAGUACAGCAUUGCUAUGCCCUGUUGCUUGUAGGCAAGUGCACAGAAGAUAUGGAAAAAGCAGCAAACUGUAACAACAAUGCAAUAUAGUUACAUGAAGCUUGCUUUCCUUGAAAAAAUAAGGUCAACGUAAUGCUGCUCUCUGUUCUGCAACGGGGUUGUAGCUGUAGUCCUGCAGUCAAAGAAUUUACAGGGUCCAGAAUCCACUGCUUUAAAAAGCAUACACAAACAGAUUCAAAAUAAACAGUAGGGUCAAGUAUUAAAAUUGAAUGUCAGCAUUGCAUUAAAAGUUCCACCUUUACAGUGUUCACAUAGCAAAAAAAUAGUAAACUUCUAGGUAACACAAGUGAUAAUGUUUUUUUCCUAACAUCUACAUAGAAAAUGGGAUUUGCAUUAGGUAAGGCUUUGCCCCUAAAAUUUAAGAGUUUUGUUCUGAUAAUUUUUUCUAUUUUCUUAUUGAAAAGGGAAAAAGAGCAAGAGCAAGAGAGCAUGUAAGCAGGACCUCUCUUCCUUUGGAGUUCUGCUCCUGCUGCUUUUUCCCCAUAUAUAGUCAUAGUAUUCUGAAUGUCACAUCAUAACUUCCUCUGCAGCAGCUAGUUUGAUGUCACAGAAGAUUAUGACUUCAGGUGAAAGAAUAAGCACCAGGAACAGAUGUACACUAAGAAGAGCCAUGCAAUUAGGCCCUAAUUUUAAAAAAAAUUUAAAAAAGUAGAAAAAUAAAUUAAAAAUAGAGCAUGUAGAAAGAACUCUUUUUUCCCCCUCCUUGGGCUACUGCAAAUUAAUUUAUCUUAAGAAAAAAAAAAGAAGAUAUUCUCCAUAAAAUACUGGUCCAGUCUAAGCAAUAUUUUGGUCACAAAGAUUGGAGCCAAAUGCAAUAAAGGAGAAGCACUUCAGGAAAAGCACUUCAGUGAAAAUAGCAGUAUAAAAAUUAAAUAAUUUGAUCAUUACACCCAAUUGCAGAGGAAAAUAAUUUUAAAAUUAAUGCUUAAAAUAAAAGUAAUAUUUUCCAUGUCACCCCAAAGCUACUCUCCAGGGAGCUUGGUUUAUGCAAAUCAGGGACCUUUAUCUAACACAUCAUGCUUUCCCUCACCAAGUUGCACCACUUAACUCAGUGCAACUAUUUAUGCCAAUAAACUUUUGGAGCACAUGAAUUGGAGAAGAGAGGAUUCAGGUUUCCAGUUGCAAGACGAAACCAAAACAUUUCAAAAACCAAAUCUUAAAAUUUAAAGCCCAAAAGAUUAUUUUUAAGAAAUGCUGUCAAAUAGUUUUCUAGCUGAUUAUCUGAGAAAUAGGUGCAUUUUUGAAACCUACAUUUAUAGUAAACAUUAUAAAAACUUGCUAAUUUGUGAUUUCUGGUACUUUUUAAAGGUUAAAUCUAUUUUCUGUGUUUCAAGUCUGCAAAACAAUGUAAGGCCCCUACAGAGAAAUGCCAUUAUAUUUGAAAUACUAUUGUGAAUCAUAAAUUUUGGAUUUCAGAAUGGAGAUACGGUAACAAAGAUUUGGGAAAGAACUGUUUGGAAAGCAAUGGCACUGUGGCCAUUCAUGAUGUAAAGGUAUAAGAGGCAAAGGUAAUAUGGAGUAUUCAUAUCUUACCUUAUUUUGUGAGGAAAAAAAUGAACAAGCUUUCAAACAACCCUUCAGUACAUAACUACACCAAACAUAAUUUUCUGUGCUUUUACUUAAUUUACUAAAUUUCAUAUUAAAAUAGGCCCAAUAUGAAAGCAGCAAGCUAAUUUAGGGUUUAGAUAAAAGAGCAUUUAGAUGAGCUAUUUGCAAAAAUAUUUUCUGAUAUCUGUCUGUCUUAUGGCAGAGGCCUUUGCCUGAUGUCACUGUGUUUACAGAAAUAAUUGCCUCAGAGUAGUGACAAAAAUCAAAGUGCCGGUGCAUGUAUUUUAGAAAUAAUUCAUUAGCUGUAUAUAGCUCAUGGUUUACAUCAUUUUCAUGUUUUAAGCUGUAGGUUUGUUUAUGUUUUUUUCCUGUUAUCUUUUAGUAUCCAGUAGUUAGUUUUAAGGUUUAGUAAACCAGGGAAGAAAGCUCAAGGGAAAAUGAUGCAAACACAUCUUGGGAAAAGCAAAUUGAAGCUGUUCAAAAUUCAUGACAUUAAGAGUUCUGGGAGUACAAGUUCAGACUCACAAACUGCAUCUGAAUUGCUGCAGCUCUGUCAGAUACCUGAAAGCAUGUUAAUGCAUAGGAAAACAAUUUCUAACAUAACAUAUUAUUUUAGUUACGCAUAUUGAUCAUACUGUAUCUGUAUGGCAACAUCUCUUUGUAUUUUUUUAAGGGUCUCUCAUUCUUGGAGCAAAAACAUUCUACAGUACAUAUACUUGAAUGAAGAACAGACAAAUCACAUGAGCAGAGGGUGGGCACAGAAGAUAAACAUACUUUGCAGUGUGAAAACAAAGACAUGAUCAGAUUGGAGAAAUGGCUGCACCAGCUCCUCUCAUCUUGGAAAAGUUUUCUUUUUUUUUUUUCAGUAAAUGAAGGCUGAACUCCUGUAGGCCCUAAUUUACAUCAGCUCCCCCACUGACAAACAGUCCCAGCCUGGAGGAGAGCCAAGCAUGGGUCCUGAAGAAACCAAACACCGGUGAGGAAAGGUUGAGAUUCUUUAGAGAAAUAGGCUUUAGGCUGCCACAUCUUCCCAGGUGACAUUCAAGAGGAACAGGUGGACGAGACACUUCCUCCUGUCCCCGUGGCUGAGUUUUAAAAAUCUCCUAGUCACGCAUUAAAAAUAAUUUGCUCUUUGGCUGGGGCAUCCCUUAGAUCACUUGUGACUGGGCCAUGGCAAAAUUUGACAAGAGUGUGCAUGGGAGGCAUGUGAUCAGUCACAGUAAUUUGAUAAUCCAUAUUAAAACCCAUUUUUGCAUAAAACUGAGCAACUAAGGGUGGAAAAAAAAGACUGUACUAAUUCUUUGAGAUAGUUAUGUUGGGUUGGACUAAAUAACAUUGGGGAAAUAACUUAUUCUAUAAUAAAUCUCACUAUACAUUUCUUUGUAGGAAAAAAACAUCCCUCUGGUCUCCUGGCUUGUUGUCACUCUGGCAUCUUUGAAUGGCAUCAUGCGUACUUAAAAAAAAAUAAUACAACAGCAUUGCCCUUUGUGAGCUGUAGAGAAACAUUUUUAAGUAGAAAUGUGAAUGCUUAUUAACUGUUCAAACGUUGAUCUCAUAGGAAUAGCAAAUGUUUAUUUUAAAAGGUCACAGAAAAAAAAAAACUUCAACACAGCUUCUGGGAGGCUGGAAGUACUUUAAGUGUGGGAGUUCAUAGAGCUGCUGAACUGCAAGGUAAUAGUUGGACUGAGAACAAGACACAGCAACAUGCUGUGGUCUUGUUUUGACUGUAAAUGAUUUGGAACUCGGUGAGUAUUCUUGUAUGCAAAAUCUGUUUCUUAGCGAUAGAGCAGGGAGAAGCGAGUCCAUAAUAAGUACGUGUAGCACUCUGAGUCAGAAAUACACUUUUUGCUUGGGGAUGCAAUGGGGUGUCGUAGCCUGAGCGUGGAGUGGGUAGUCAGGACCUUCAGAAUCUUCCUCCUACACCUGGUGCAGGAUUCUUUGUGGCCCUGCACUAACAAGCUGAGUUAAUCCUCUUGGGCAUAUGAAGGCAGCACCAGGAGAUCCUAAUUAUAGUGCUAGCCCAGGUCUGCUCUUUACCCAGCUUUGUUGGGUAAAAAAGCAGCUACACAGGGUGAGCUCUAGCAUGGGAAAGAGGUACAGCAACAAACUCAAUUAAGGUCUCUCUCCUACUUUAAUCUACCAGCUUAUGCAGUCAUGUCAAAGACUGGCACUUAUAUCCUGCCACCUACCUGGGAGGAAUCCUGAAGUUCCUACUUUUUGAGUACUCUAUACAGACAGACUGUUUCUUGGAGUGAGAUUUGUUGCUGACUCUUUCCUCCUUAGUUAUGCUGUUGGUACAGUGGAAGCUGAUUAUCUGCCUAAUGAAAAUAUUGUGUGGGUAAAAAUGUUAUCAUACGUCUGAAGUGAGAGAGUACCAUGUACUUAAAACAUAGCAGUUCUUGAUCUACAACUUCUUUGACAAACCAGAGAGAGAAUGGAAGUAGAAGGAUGUGUGAGUUCAGAUCUUCAGUUGUUCUAAGGUACUACUACACAAUUAUUUUCAGUGGAGUUGUGCCAAAUUCCACCCAGAUCUUACUCUUUGGAGUUUCCAUGUGUGUCACCGAAGGACAUGGAGCCAUUGAAAUUCAAGUUUUAGAUACCCUGCAGUCACAGCUUAUCAAUAUGGGUGUUAUUCCUACGUUAGUGAAAUUGUUGGGUAUUCAUUGCCAAAAUGCAGCUCUGACAGAGAUGUGCCUUGUUGCUUUUGGCAAUUUAGCAGAACUUGAGUCAAGUAAAGAGCAGUUUGCCUACACAAACAUUGCUGAAGAGCUUGUGAAACUGUUCAAGAAACAAAUAGAGCAUGAUAAAAAAGAGAUGAUCUUUGAAGUUCUGGCUCCCCUGGCAGAAAACGAUGUCAUUAAACUGCAGCUGGUUGAAGCAGGUUUGGUGGAGUGCUUACUUGAGAUUGUCCAGAAGACUGUGGAUAGUGACAAAGAGGAUGAUGUUGCAGAGCUUAAAACAGCCUCAGAUCUUAUGGUUUUAUUAUUGCUUGGAGAUGAAUCCAUGCAAAAGUUAUUUGAAGGAGGAAAAGGCAGCGUGUUCCAAAGAGUGCUUUCAUGGAUUCCUUCCAAUAGCCAUCAGCUACAGCUUGCAGGAGCAUUGGCUAUUGCAAAUUUUGCCAGAAAUGACGGAAACUGCAUCCAUAUGGUGGAUAAUGGCAUAGUUCAAAAGCUGAUGGAUCUGCUAGACAGACAUGUCGAGGACGGAAACGUAACUGUGCAGCAUGCAGCCCUGAGUGCGCUCAGAAACCUGGCUAUUCCUGUUGUAAAUAAGGCUAAGAUGCUAUCAGCUGGCGUUGCAGAAGCAGUAUUGAAAUUUCUCAGAUCGGAGAUGCCCCCUGUUCAAUUCAAGCUGCUGGGAACAUUAAGAAUGUUAAUAGAUGCACAAGCAGAAGCAGCUGAACAGCUGGGAAAAAAUGCAAAGCUGGUGGAACGAUUGGUGGAGUGGUGUGAAGCCAAGGAUCACGCAGGUGUGAUGGGAGAGUCAAACAGACUACUGUCUGCACUUAUACGACACAGCAAAUCAAAAGAUGUCAUUAGGACUAUUGUACAGAGCGGUGGCAUCAAGCAUUUAGUAACCAUGGCGACCAGCGAACAUGUAAUAAUGCAAAACGAAGCUCUCGUUGCGCUGGCACUAAUAGCAGCUUUAGAGUUAGUCACCGCUGAAAAGGACCUUGAAAAUGCUCAGCUCGUUCAGAUUCUACACAGACUGCUCUCAGAUGACAGGAGUGCUCCAGAAAUAAAAUACAACUCCAUGGUGCUGAUCUGUGCCCUUAUAGGAUCUGAACCUCUCCAAAAGGAAGUGCAGAGCAUGGCAUUUCUAGAAGUCGUAUCAAAACUCCGCAGCCAUGAGAACAAAACUGUUGCCCAGCAGGCCUCGCUAACAGAGCAGAGACUUGCUGUAGAAAGCUGAGGAAGGUCUCUUGUUUUCAAUGCAUCCCAUCACAGAUUCCACCUUUGUCCUUCGUCCUGCUGCCGCUCCUGCUAUGUUUUCCACUGUAUCACUUGUGCAUGCGUGUAAUGUUCCCACACAAAUUGAUGAACUGCUGUAGGUACCCGUCCAAAAAGGUUUCUAAAAAUUCAUAGGUGGUGUUAACAUGAACCUGUCUCCACCCGUAACUGUUCUACUCGUAUUCUUGUUGCUUGGGCCACAUAGUAGAAUGUGCAUGUUGUAGUCCUAUGAUGAUGUAAAAGUGGUACUACAUGACGACUCUUUCCUCACAGCCCCUAACCGCAUAACAAUGUACUACUAAAUUAGGGACAAUACAAGAUGCAGCAAGUCCAGGCUAGUGUGCUGACUGUAGGAUUAAGAAGUAAAUCUAGCUCCAUUUUUGGUGCUCUGGAGAUUUGAAUGCAAUGUACUGCUGCUCAUUCACUGGUCUUGCCUAUUAAUGUCAAACUCGUGGUACCUAGAGGUAACAAAUAAAAAUUUCAGUGCUCUCACUUUA